GUUUGCUAUCGCUUUUCUUAAGUGAAAAGUGGGUUUUAGAUAAAUGCAUCCAAAUUUAAAUAGACAAAUGAGAGAAAAGAAGCAAUUACCCUUUUAGAGAUUGAAAUAUCGCAUAAAAACUCGUGCAGGCGAAAUUUCUCGUGGAGGAGACACGUUGUUAUUGGCCUCCGAUGCAAGUCAAUGGACGGCCCAGAAGAGCUGCCACCUGCGGCGCCGUCUCCAAAGCCCCGCAAACGUCUGAAGCAACAUUCCAACAAGAAUAACGCGCCGAACGGUGAGGAAAAUGAGACUGUGAAACUGUUGGAGGAAAUGGGUAUGGAGGACGCUGAAGUGGACCGUGUUUCGCCAGCAUCGAAGCAGUAUCGGCGCAGUGCGCGUAAGAAAACUAUAAAAUUCGAUGUGCGCGAUUUGCUCAAGAAAAAUCGCAAAAACCACAAAACACAAAUUGUUGAUGCAAUAUCAAAAACAGCCAACAAUUGUCCAGUAGGAUCGGUCGAUAAACAUGCAAUAACAACUGCUGGUAUCGAUGCGAUUAAUGAAUUGAAAUCGAUAACAUCUAACAAUCUUCCAAUUAGGGCGAUCGAUGAACAUUCAAUUGAUCAAUUCUUAAUCGAGCUUCAGAGUGUGGGCAAGAAAGGUCAAUCCCUUCCACGUAAUGUAAAAGCCGGCAAGCAGCCGCGGGUGCGGCUCAAGGAUGUAGCACACAGUGACAUUGGCAAAGCGGCAACGGCACGUUACAACAGCAAUAAUUUGGACUCGGAAACGAAUUCGACGACAAGCUUCUUAGCGGAGGAUGCAGGAAAGACUUCAUGUUGCGAGCCCAGGCGAAAGCUGCGCGUAUUAAUCAAACGCAUGACGUUUCCUCUAAGCGAGGGAUGCAUCGAAAAGCCACAAUGGCAGAAGGCCAUGGUGGCACAGCAAAAGAAUAAAAAGGAGGAUGACAGGAAGGAGUCAAUUGAAUUGGAUAAUAAGUUAAACAAACCGAAAAUACAGCCAGAGACUGAUGCUAAUAUUGAUAGUGUUAAGACUAAGACUGAAAUGACAGUAGAUAGUAACGACGAUUCCAGUUCACGGGAACACCAACUAGCAGAGGAGCAAGCAACAGAAACAAAGACAGUAGAGGCUGAACAAAUCCUAACCAAAAAUGACAAGCAACAGUUGGUGAUACAACAAAUGAAGUAUGAGGAUAAACACUUAACAAAAAGACGUAGCAAACGCUUCAAUUUCGACAACUUGGACAAGAAGCUGACACUGGAGGAGACCUUUGCCCAGAUUGCAGCAAAGAGUACGCAAAGUAUUCAAAAGACUGAGCUACAGAAUUCAAGCCACAACAAUGAUCUCUCGAUAAACUUGACUAAUAAUGAAGAUGAUGAUGAUGAUAGUAAUAAGAACGAAGUGUCUGAGCAAAUGAUUCAAUGGGACAAUGAACAGGACGACAAUAAGGAAAGUGCAGAGCAUGUAAUUGAAAUGACAACAACAUUACCUAAAGUUCCAAAGCCCAAUGAUGAGGAGGAGAAAGUGUGCCAGGAGGUGAAGGCGAUUGAGGUAGAGAUAGAGGCAAAGUGCACCGCAGGACUGGAGCUGAUAAAAAAUGCUGAUGUUCCUAUCACUUCAGCUCCUUGCAUUCCAGCGUUGGAGGCAGAAGAUGAUGCUCAGCAAGCAGCAGAUGAUGCUCAGCAAGCAGCAGAUGAUGCUCAGCAAGCAGCAGAUGAUUCUCUCCAAGCAGCAGAUGAUUCUCAACAAGCAGCAGAUGAUUCUCGGCAAGCAGCAGAUUAUACUCAGCAAGCAGCAGAUUAUACUCAGCAAGCAGCAGAUAACUCUCAGCAGGCAGCAGAAGAUUCUCAUCAAGCAACAGAUGAUUCUCUCCAAGCAGUAGAUGAUUCUCGGCAAGCAGCAGAUGAUUCUCAGCAAGUAAGAAGUGAUUCUCAGCAAACAGUAGAUGAUUCUCGGCAAGCAGCAGAUGAUUCUCGGCAAGCAGCAGAUUAUACUCAGCAAGCAGCAGAUAACUCUCAGCAGGCAGCAGAAGAUUCUCAGCAAGCAACAGAUGAUUCUCUCCAAACAGUAGAUGAUUCUCAGCAAGCAGCAGAUUAUACUCAGCAAGCAGCAGAUAGCUCUCAGCAGGCAGCAGAAGAUUCUCAGCAAGCAACAGAUGAUUCUCUCCAAGCAGUAGAUGAUUCUCGGCAAGCAGCAGAUGAUUCUCAGCAAGUAAGAAGUGAUUCUCAGCAAACAGUAGAUGAUUCUCGGCAAGCAGCAGAUGAUUCUCAGCAAGCAGCAGAUGAUACUCAUCAAGUAGCAGAUGAUUCUCUCCAAGCAGUAGAUGAUUCUCGGCAAGCAGCAGAUGAUUCUCAGCAAACAGCAGAUGAUUCUCAGCAAGCAGCAGAUGAUACUCAUCAAGUAGCAGAUGAUUCUCUCCAAGCAACAUAUGAAUAUUCAACACAAGAGCUGCGGACAGCAGAUAUCACUACAAUUACCAUUGCCACAGAGGAGUUGCCGACGAUAGAGGCUACACUAAUUAAACUGGAGCCAGCUGAGACUAUUCUCACUGGUCUCCAUUCAAAAGAGGAAGAUGCCAGUCAAAAACCAGACAAGACGAAGAACAAUAUAGAUUUCAAAAAUACAGAACAACCAGAUAGCAUCAAAACUAAAUCCGACAAUCAAAAUACCUGCAUAACAACGCCGACUCCUCCAGAGACGCCCACGCAGUUGCACAGCAAAUGCAAGGGCAGCAAGGUGAGGCGUUCAAAGGCACACAGGAAAUGCAUAAAAGCAGAGAAAGAUGAGAGAAUCGGUGAUGAGACGCUGUCGGAGUCGGAAGCUAAUACCGGACUGCCCACGCCCACAACCGAGCUGGAUGCCGAGGAAUCAUCGAAGUUUGUGAAGCAGGAGAAAACAAAUGAGCUUGCGCAGCAUGUGGCCAACAUAGAGACGCCCGCCACAACACCAAUCAAUUCGCCGCAGGACAAUGACUCGCUGAUCGACAGCUCAUUGGCGACAGGUGCUGUGCGACGCUCGCAUCGCAUCAAGCGCAAGAAACCAACAGUGCCGACUGUGCGCUUGAGCGGGGAAUCCUGUGAAGCGGCGCCAGCACUUAGCAUGGCCGAACAGCUGGCACAGCUGGCGGAGAUGGAUGUCGUCAAUGCAAAGUUUAUGCGUGACGAGGGCUUGAGCACAUUUCAGUUGCUGCGCGACAAUUACUAUCGAUGUGCCCGGCAGGUGAGCGAGGAGAAUGCGGAGAUGCAAUGCGAUUGCGAGGAUGCGCUGCUGGAUGAUCAUCAAUGCUGUGGCAAUGGAUGCAUAAAUCGCAUGCUUAUGAUCGAGUGUGGACCACUCUGCUCUAAUGGACGUCGCUGUACCAACAAACGCUUUCAGCUCCAUCAAUGCUGGCCAUGUCGUGUCUUUCGCACCGAGAAAAAGGGUUGCGGCAUCACGGCGGAAUUGACCAUACCGCCAGGUGAAUUCAUCAUGGAGUAUGUGGGCGAGGUGAUCGAUAGCGAGGAGUUUGAGCGACGGCAGCAUUCGUAUUCGCUGGAUCGCAAUCGACAUUAUUACUUUAUGGCGCUGCGAGGCGAGGCGAUUAUCGAUGCCACCGCUAAGGGGAAUAUAUCGCGUUACAUUAAUCACAGCUGUGAUCCGAAUGCGGAGACCCAAAAGUGGACGGUGAAUGGUGAGCUGCGCAUUGGCUUCUUUAGCGUGAAACGAAUUGAGCCGGGCGAAGAGAUCACCUUUGAUUAUCAGUAUCAACGCUAUGGACGCGAUGCACAGCGCUGUUACUGUGAGGCGGACAAUUGUCGUGGCUGGAUUGGUGGCGAACCCGACACUGAGGCUGAUGAGGGCGAGCAGCUGGUCGAGGACGAGGAGCCAGAGCAGGAAGAUGAAGAGGAGCAGGAGCAGGAGAGCGACAGUGUCGAGGAUAGGGAGAUAGACAAAGUGGCCCACAAAUCAAAGUUGCUGCUGCUUUCCAAGAACAACAGCAGCAACAAGUUACGCACGAAGCCAACGAAGCAAUUGCGCAAGUCGCGCAUCAAGCCGAAGGAUCGCGAAUACAAGGCCGGUCGCUGGCUGCGUCCGACGACUGCUGUUGCCAUCGCAGCGAAGCAGCGAAAUGCAGAAGAUCCCGAUGUGCUCGAGCAGCUGUCGCUGUUGCGUCGCAGCGGCCUCAAGAACCAAGCGGACACUUUGCGCUUCUCGCGAUGCAUGGUGCGUGCCAAGCUGCAGACGACGCGCCUCCAACUGCUGCAGCUGCUCGCUGGCGGCGAGCUGCCAUGUCGUCGUCUCUUCCUCGACUACCACGGCCUGCGUUUGCUGUACGCCUGGAUCAGCGACAGUCAGCAUGGUCACGAUGCUCAGCUGCGUACAGCGCUGCUCGUAGCCCUCGAUGCAUUGCCCAUUUCCAAUCGCACCAUGUUGAAUGACAGUCGUAUCUAUCAGAGCGUGCAGUCGUGGAACAGCGAUGAUGGGGGUGACGCUGUUGCCAGCCAGCUCUUGGUCAAGUGGAGCGCUUUGCCAGAAGUCUUUCGCAUACCGAAACGCGAACGUAUCGAGCAGAUGAAGGAGCAUGAGCGUGCUGCCGAUGGCCAUGUGACCACAGCGCUGGAGGAUUCGCAUAGCAACAGCGCCGGCGCCUGUGCCACGUUCAGCAGUGAUCCCUAUCGUCAGGAUCGCUUUCGUCGAGACCAACAGCCCAACAGCAGUCGCUACGAUAAGCAGGCUAAGCCGUCGCCACGUCUCAGCAGCAAUUCCAAUUCAAGCAACGGCAUGAUCGAGGGUAACAACUUGGCUAAAUCGGAGGCCAGACGUCGCUGCGACCCAAGAAACAACUGCACCAUGUCCAAGGAGCUGCGACGUUCACUCUUUGAACGCAAGGUGGCGAAAGAUGAGGCGCAAAAGCGGGAAUUCAAGGACGAGCGCCGUGAACAUGAGAUGCGUUGCGAAUUCUUUGGUGCCGAUCUCAACACAGAGCCCAAACAGUUGCCAUUCUAUCAGAACAUCGAGACCAGGCAGUGGUACAAUAGCUACGACGAACCGGUAGCCACACCAAAACGCCUCGGAGAUGCCGUCAACAGUGAGGAUGAGGUGCUAGCAGGGGCGAACAAUGCGUCUACGAUGGAAUACAGACUGCCGCCUGAAGUGGAGCCACUGCCGCUGUCCUGGACUUGGAGUAUGACCCCCGAUGGGAGCAUCUACUACUAUCAUCUGCGGGAUCGUGUACCUCAAUGGGAGCCACCAAAUGCCGAGCAGCGCAAACAAAGGCUGGUCGAGGAUGACGAGCUGCCGUCGACGACGACAAUAAACAAUAACUCGAGCGUGGAUCAGGAGAGUGUGAAUGAUCACGAUACUUUAGUCGCUAUUGAUGACAAGCUUGUGAGCAACAUGAAUGAACAGCAGCUGGCCAAUUAUAUCGAUGUAAAAACCAAGGAGCGCCAUCAAAUGCGCCUUGAGCGUCUCGUCAGCGUGCGCACGAUCAGCCCGGUGCCUGAGGUGGAACGUGUGCAUAGUCAGCCGGAGGCACACAAGUAUAAGGAGAACAAGGAGAUUAUACGACGUCACAAGGAAGACUAUCAUCGCCAUCACAAUGCCGUAGACAAUCAGCAGCAAUUCAAUAGCAAUAGAUAUGAGAAAGUCAGUGGCAAUUUGAAACCUCCGGAAGUGACGCUGAAUCCUCCCAUUUCCAGCAGCAAUGGCUUAAAGGAGUUGCCGGCAAAUGAGCAGCUCAAACUAAUCCCUCACCUGAGCCUUGCCGAGUCGAGUCCCAGCUGCAGCAAAACUCUAACGCUGAGCACCAUCAGCAAGCUUCCCAUGCCGCCGCUUCCACAAGCCUGCUACGACCACGAUGGCAGCAUGAAGCGCAAGUUGCCCGAGAGCCAGCCAAAGCAUUGCGAUCGCGAAAAGAAACGCAGAGAGCCACUGAGCAGCACCGCCAGUGGACGCGAGGCGUGUGAAAAGUUUCGCUCUGCGAUCAGCGGUCUGGUAGCCGAGUAUCUCCGCCCCUUUCGCAAAGAAAGCUGCCAACUGGGACGCAUCACUAGUGACGACGACUACAAAUAUCUCAUCAAACGCCUAAGCCAACAUAUAACCACCAAAGAGAUGCGCUGCUGCGACAGCACCGGGAAUCCGAUGAUAUACUCGGAUUCAGUUAAGUACAAGUCCUACGAAUUUAUUAAGCAAUACAUGCGCCAAAAGGGGCGCAUUUACGAGAGGCCAGAGACUGAGCUAGACUAUUAAUUGCCAGCCUAAUAGUCUAGUAGUAAUCGAGUCUCAACACUGAACAUACUACGAGGACAGAUCAACAGCAGUAUAGUAUACAGUAUACAGCAAAAAAGCAGAAGAUUUAUCGCAUUAACUACCAAAAGAAUCAAAUUACAUUCAUUUUAAGACUUAGGUUUAGAUUUUAAGUGGGCUUUUUACCCACCAAAUUGGGUAUUGCAAUGUGAAUGGAAGUUUUGAGUUAAUUUAUCACUUUUUUUUUGUUAUUUUAUUUUUAUUUGUAUUUGAUUGAAGAAGGAAUGGAGCUUAUUUAUAUUUUGUUGAGAGAUCAACAAUAACGAGAGUGAAAAGAACAACAGAAAGUAUAAAUAUUAAAAAUAUAUGAAAUCAUUUUUGAAGUGGUAACUGAUCCA